CUCUCCGUGGACGACCUCACCUGCCGACAUUGAGGGUGUUUCUUCCAUCCCACUGAGCCCCUCCGCCCAAAGCGAAACAACCCGAACCAGAAACCACGCUUCCCGCCUUUUCCCCUUCGAAUACGUCCCUAUCUUUACAUCACCGGCUCUCCCAUCUCCUUCACACACCAUGGCGGGAGACGACGAAGUCCACGAUGGCGCCUCUACUAAGGAGAUCUUAAUCGAAGCCUGCCGCCGCAACAACACCGACCUUCUCCAAGAAAUCAUCGACGGCAUCCCUGAUGAGGACCAACUCUCCAAGAUCCUCAACAACACCACCACCGUGAUGGGGAACCACCUCUUCCACGAAGCCGCCUUGCAAGGAAACUAUGAAAUCAUGGACCUCCUCCUAGACCAGCCCAACUUCGAAUGCGACCCGAUAAACCGCCUCGAAGGCGACACCCCCCUCCACUCCGCCAUCCGCUGGAUCAACUCGGAACCCCGCGCCCAGAGACCCUUCGGCAACGCCCUAGUCGACAUGAUGCUCGAGGCCGGCUGCAACCCGCGCGUCAAGAACAAGGGUGGCCUGACCGCCCUGCAGCUCGUCGACCCGUCCAACAAGGAGCUCCGCGAGCUGAUCCAGAAACACGAAUACGCUGCCCUCAACGCCGGCGACUUUGUCAGCCCCGGCGACGUUGCCGCGUCCGGGAAGACGUCCGCUGCUGUCGUCGAGCAACAAGCGGACGCGGGUGGCGACGACGAGGAUGCCGAGUUUAGCGGCAGCGAUGAAGAAGAGAGGGCCGAGUGGGAACGGAGAAGGAGGGAGAAGAAAGGCCGGUAGGUUCAAGUCGAGUUCGAAAGAAGAAAAAAAGAAGAAAAAAAAAAAGAGCAUAUCGAGGCGGAGCUCUAAUAGAGAUGACAUGCUGCGUGUUGGCCUACCAGGUACGUAGGUAUUGGCAUUUAUUUUUGGUUGCGAGCGGG